AUGUCUAAAAGAUUAAGCGUUCAAAAAACAUUCAAUACACGAUCGAAGAGAAGAAGAUGUGAGGCCGGUGAUGUACCUUUGGUCAGUAAUUCAGAACCACCUCAAAACACUCUAGAAAAUGAUCGUCAAAAUCAACUUCUUAGAGAAGCCUUAUCAUUAUUAGGCGUAAAUUCACCACCAAACGCUUCAAAUACCACAUUCUUGGAUUUUUUCGAAGCUAAUAAAAGCAAAGCAGCAGCUAGUAAAUUACAGAAUGAUAGUCUUGAACUGGUUAACAGAAAUGCCAGUACAAAAUCACAAUUAGCAAUAUCAUCUAAUCUUCCAAUCUUUUCAACACUUGCAGUAUCACCAGCAAUUACCACAGACGAUGUUUUGACACCACUAUCAAUUUCUCUACCAACUUCGUCUGCAAAUGAAAGUUUGAGUAAUAAAUUCAAUACGCCACCAACUAAUUUCAUAGUAACACCAUUAGCCACUACAGAUGAAUUAGCUAAAGAAGAACUAAGAAAAGCCUUAAGUAAGUUAACAACAGCAAGCGACAUUUUGCCAGUCUCACCUCCAUCAGCUUCAACUGUCUUAUUACAAACAUCAAUCUCAGUCAAUGAGAUAAACCACAGGUCUGUUUAUAUUGCCCCCGUACUAAAAGAAUGGAUUUUAAGCGGAAAGUACGUUAACUUCGCGAGUUUGUUAGUACCAUGA